AUCCAGGUGUCAGUGAAACAAAAUGCCGCAAAGUUGUGUUGCACCCGGGUGCCGUAAUGUUGGUUACGAAAAGAAAGACAUCUGCUAUUUUGUCCUGCCUGCAAAUGCCGCAAAACGUAAACUUUGGCUCAAUUCUCUGAAGUUCAAAAAUCCAAGCUCAGUGUCAAAACACGCAAGGGUUUGUAGUGAACACUUCGAGCCCGAAUGCUUCUUACGUGACCUGCAAGCUGAAUUGUGUGGUGGAAAAGCACGAAGAAAACUAAGAGAUGAUGCUGUACCCAGUAUAUUCGAUUUUUCGGAGUACCAAAAUGCAACAGUAAAUGCCAGAGCGCUGCCGACGAGAGACUUACCUGCAGGACGUGUGCAUGAUGCGGUCGUCGAAAGGAAGAAGAGAGCAGCUGCUAGAGCCCAAAAACAGUUCGUAGCAGAGAUUCACAAUACAAUAGAUUCUGAAAUGAUAGUCCAGAAGAGAUAUACCAUGCCUCUUGAAAUAAUAACCCAACAUGGAGCAAGACCGUUCAAAUAUCAGUAUUUUGAAAAGAUGUUUAAUGUUAAACAGAGUGAUAUGCAACAUGAAGUGAACCAAACGAGAAAAAACCCAUUCAAAUGCCAAUAUUGUGAAAAGAGAUUUAGUAUCGCACUGAGUUGUAUACAACACGAAAGGACUCACCAUGGAGAAAACUCCUUCAAAUGCCAGUAUUGUGAUAUGAGUUUUAGUGUCAGAAGUAGCUGUACACAACAUGAAAUGAUUCACAGAAGAGGAAAACCAUUCAAAUGCAAAUUCUGUGAAAAGGGUGUUCAGUUUAAACCUAGAUGUAUACAGCACGGAAGGUCUCACAGUGGAGAAACACCAUACCAAUGCCAGUAUUGUGAAAAGAGCUUUAUUGUAAAAGAUCAGCGUAAACGCCAUGAAUUGAUUCACACUGGGGAUUCACUUCACUCUUUGGGAAAGGAAAAACCACAUGGGACUGAGGCUUCAGUUCAGUCUUUCAAAGAGGAAAUUCAAGUUGAAGAUGUAGCACAUGAGACAAAGGAACAGAGGGAAUCUAACACAGAAGGCAUAGUCAAAAGGGAGUUUAACGAUGACAUUGCUCCAGAAGUGAGGCUUGAACUUGAAGAAAUAUAUCCUGUUGCAAUGUUUAGAAAUGUUUUUGCAGAUGCUGGUGUAUAAUGGCUGGUAAUACUAGUACAUAAAUCUAGAUUAGAGCUGGACCUUUAAGAAUACAUUUAUAGCUUUAAGUAACUUAAAGUUAUUAAAAUAUGUCAAAUAUUUAGGAAUGGGGUAAUUGAUUAAACUGGUAAAAUAAAUUUCAUUAUUCUAUGACUGCAUGUUGAAAGAAAAAUGAAUGUAAUUAAAAGGACUUGAUUCUCCUUGUCAUUGAUCAGUUUCUUGAAUGUUGUUCAGUGUUUAACAAUGCAUGUGCAGAAAGUGACAAAAGUAAACAUUUUUUUUUAGUAUUUUGGAAUAAAGGAGGCAAAAAUGAGGUUGGAAGACAUUGCAAAUUUUGCAAAUCAAAGUGAAGCAACGCUUUUAUUGUAAAUUAUCUAGAAAAAAAUAAAAGACUAGGUUCAAUACUUCCAUAAGAUGAAAGCCAAAAUUUGCUGUGUGAUUGUUAGGCCAUUCAGAACAGAAGAUCCAAGGAUCUACAGAUCAAAUAUGGCGGACCUUACAUGAAAGAAUAUCCGACUAAUCCGCUGAUGGUCUCCCGACCUCCACAUGCCUGUCCUUGCAGGGGUCUAGCCCAAACCUCGGAGCCGUGAUUUAAUCAGUCUAAAGCACAUGCAGAAGCGGAGAGACCAUU